UGUUGGUAAAUCUGGAGUGAGAGGGAGAGAAAGAAAAACUAGUUUAUCGAUGGUUGACUGACUCUUGUUUGUCAGGUUAAACGUUUGCAGUUUUAGUCGGCUAUUAGGCAGGCUGUUUCUGGUGUGGCAAUUGUAGCAAUGGCGAAUUCCCCCGAGGAAUCCAAGGAGGUGAAGGCACCUCGAGUGAAUACUCAUAAGUCAGGAACUGGUUCUGGCAAGAAACACCCCAGAAAGAGCAAGUCGCAGAUACUGAACAAAUUAGUGAGCCAGCUGAAGUUCUACUUCAGUGAUUCUAAUUUAUGGAAAGAUAAGUUUCUGCGUCAGAAAAUGGCUGAGUCUACGGACGGUUUCAUCGCAAUUGGUUUGAUUGGAUCCUUUGCAAAGAUGCAGUCAAUCACGAGAGACUUGAAUCUGGUGUCCCAUGCUGCUAAGAUGUGUUCACCGCUACUGGAGGUGUCUGACAAUGGUAGAUCAGUACGUCGCAAGGAACCUCUCCCACCACCACCCAGUGACUUGGAUGAGAGGACGUUGUAUAUUGAGCAGCUUCCCGACAAUGUAGAUCAUGAUAUGAUACGGAAGUGCUUUGCGCUGUUCGGCCAUGUAGCUCAUGUCAGCUUACCGAAGUUCAAAACAAAGAGUACAUUGAAGGGGUUUGCGUUUGUCGAGUUCACUGACACGGAAUCUGCCACGGCUGCUCUCAGCUACUUCACUGGUGAUGCAUCUGCUGUUGCUACGACAACCAAGUCAACAAAAGAGGAGAAGAAACACGAUUCAGACCAUGAGGAGACCACAGUGAAGACGAACAAACGUUCACAUGCUGAAGUGGAAUCUGAUAACGACGAUGAUGAGACUCGUUCAAUGCCGCCGUGCCCGAAACGCAUUGCGCCUGCAAAGACAGCAGAUGAUGACGAACAAGCUGCAGAGAGCUCUGCUGAUGAUUUGCCGGAUGUGAAACCAUGCAAGCGGUCUCACGCUGAAGUGGAAUCAGAUGAGGAAGAUGAGAGUCGACCUGCUCCGGGUCGUCAGAAGCAGGACGAGCAGUUGAAAGUAGAUCAUUCUGACAAGGCCGACAGUGUUGCAACUGGUAAUGCUGCUGAUGCUGAUGCUGAUGCUGAUGCUGAUGGUGAUGGUGAUGGUGAUGCUGCUGAUGGUGAUGGUGAUGGUUCAGAGCAAAAGAGAAAGAAGCGAACACGCAGUCAUUGGCGUAAGAAGAGUAAAGUGAAGCUGAUCAAGGAUACGUUUGGUGACUGGAAACCGAGUGUGAUGGCCAAGCCAAGAUGGCAGGAGCUGAAAGAAGAGUAUAAAUCACUUGUACAGCAGCAGCAGGUUGCUGCUAAGGAAUAUCUCCGUCGUCAGAGAGAGUCUCAAGCUGAGUUACGGUGCAGCAGUCGUAUACCACCUGUUGAGAGUACUACCAGUCUAGAUGAUACCGGCAGUCAGGCUGACAGUAUUACUGAAUCUGAAUGUUUUGACUCCAGUACAGCGGAUGAUAGUGCAGCUGAUGACUCUUUCAUCGUGGAAAGCGAGGCUUCACCAGCACCAGCAGCAUCAUCAGCAUCAGUAACAGCUGAGACAGUGACAGCAGCAGCCACACCGACAAGAACAGCACCAACGGCAGCGACGGCAGCAGUGGCAGGAGGAGCGAAACCAACAACUGCAGGGUCCGGCGUGUCAACAUCAGCGUCGGCUACGUCUGUGUCCAGGCCCCCAAGUGAAGACUUUGUAGCGUCUACCGUAAUACGCGUUGAAUGGGAUAGGACAGUUAACACUAGCGUGUGGACCGCCGCUCUGCUCAAGCGUGCUCACUCGCAGUUUACUCCGGGAAUUAAGUUUGUUGAUUUCAAGCCUAAUUCUCACACUGCGUAUGUGCGCUGUGAAUCUGCCGAGGAAACUUCAAAGUUACUCACCCACCUGGUGUCUCACAAUAGUCGUACGCAAAGUAUGAGAAUGCCAUCAACCGCCUUCUUGCUUCAUGGCAAAGAAGAGCUAGUCUACUGGAAACAGUUAGAGGAGAACAGGAGAGAAAAGCGUUCAGCACAGCCGAAGCGAUGUCGAAGGGGCAAGCAACGUCUGUCUGGUCAACUCACACAAUUAGCACAUGAACAGCAAGCUGCUGGCAAGGCCGUGGAGAAAAUUGCUGCUCGCAAAGCUGCACAGAAGUCAUCCAGCAAUCACAUUGUCUUCACUGAGGAGGACACGUAAGACAUCAAACAACUCUUAUACUUUUUAGAUACACCAGUCGUCUUGUGUUGAGUUUACUAGUUUCUCUAGUUCGUUUUUUACAUGUUGCUGAUUCACUGUGUUUUCCGCUGCUGAUCCACUAUUGAUCCAAUAUUGAUCCACUGUUGAUCUACUGUUGACGUUUCCUUUUUUUACAACACUGGUGGAAAAUGGUGGACAGGAAGACGAAACUGAAACAGUUGCUUUGUAGAAUACUGGACUCGUAUUCUAAUACCGCUUUAACAAGUCUAUCAUAGAGGACGGUACUCUUGCUAUUUCCAUUGUUGUUACUGAUGCUGCUGCUGCCAUUCUAGUCAGUGCACACACCUGUAAUGACCCACAUUUAAGCCCACACGAUUAUUCGCGAGUUAUUGCCGUAUUUGUGGUUUUGCAGGUCGAAUGGUCUCGCUUUUAGGCGCAUGCGCUUGUAAUUGUGUUACCAGAAUGUGGAAAUUUAAUUGCACAUUUAAUCCUGUAAA